AUGGCCGACGGAACACAAUCAUCGCUGAACGGGCUCCUGAAAUGGGGUAUAGAGAACUCCGCGGCCACUCGCGACGACCCUAAUGCGCCAACCGAGAAUGGCUCACGAGAUCCGACCCGUGGUCUUGACUCUAAGAUGCUGGCUGAGCUGUUAGGAGGACCGUCGGACGCCGAUCGUAUGCGCGAAGCCAUGAGCGCCAUCGUCGCACCAGUUGAUCAAAUCGAUCUGGAUAACAAGAUGAUAGCAUGGGAUAAUUUCGAGCAGUUGAUUGAGAAUCUGGACAAUGCGAACAACAUGGAGCCGUUGGGUCUCUGGGCACCUCUGGUACAACAACUUGAGAAUUCUGAGCCAGAGAUGCGGAGGAUGGCGGCGUGGUGUUGUAGUACGGCUGUGCAGAACAAUAUCAAGAGUCAGGAGAAGAUGUUAGCAGUGGGAGGGAUUCCUAAGCUGGCGGGUUUGGCUACAGGGGAUGAGAACGCGGCGGUUAAGAAGAAGGCGAUUUCGGCGCUGAGUAGUGCUUGUUUGGAAGAGGAAGGGGUUGGAGGCGGGUGA